GGUAUUCCAUAUUUCUGGCUUUUAAUUUGCAAUUCCGCCUUCCACCGGAAGUCAACGUUCGUUCCAUGGUGAGUCACGUGAACGAUGUAUGUUGACUUUAAGGAUGGCUGAAACUGAGAGUCUGAGCGGUUCGGAGCAGAACUCCAUCCAACAGGAUCCAAACCAGGACGAAGCAUCAGGAGCAGCAGAAACGUCCAGUCCUGUAGCUGAAACUAACGGCCUGUCUGCUGCACAGCAAGAUGUUUUAGAGCGCUGUCUCCACGCGCUCACUCACGCCAAAAAUGACAGCCAAGUCUUGGCAGCACUUCUCCUGAUUACACGGUUGUGUCCAGCAAAUCAGCUGGAUCGCGUGACCCUGCAUCGAGUCUUCGAAGCAGUGGGUUUCAACCUGCCUGCACGUCUGCUGGUGACGGCGAUCCGAGGGAGCGAGAGCUCUGGGCUUCCCCCUGAGGAGCUGCUCUCUCUCGGCACUGCUUUACUGGCUGCUCUAAGCACAGACCCAGACAUGGCCACUCAUCCCCAGCUACUCAGUACCAUACCUCUCCUCCUGGGGUUGCUGGAAGGUGGAGCACCAGUCAGCCAGAAGCGAGCCCAGCGUGACACUGCAGCGUCUCCAACCACUGAGAAGACACAUCCCGGUGCUGCGUCUCAUCAUACAAGCAAAAGCACUUCAGGAAAGGAAGCCCCAACGAGUCCUUCUGGGUUAGGGGAUGGAGAUGAGGCAGUCCAGCCUCCCACAUCCAUCCUGGAUGAGGCAGUGGCAUCCGACUGCUAUCAGGUUCUGAACUCUCUGUGUGCCCUGCCACGAGGCCCGGAUCAGCUGCUGUCCCGCGGUGCUGUCCCUGCUCUGUGCAGGGCCGUGUCUCAAAAACAGACUCUCAGCUGUGAGAAGGGUCUUCCGCUCCUGGCUCAUCUCUUAUCGAGCAGCGUCAGGCAUAGAGCGUGGAACAAACACCCAUCAGAACUGCUCUCUCUCCUUGAUAGGAUCUCCCAGAACUUCAGCCAGAUGUCAGAUCCGAAUCAUCUGGAGAUGUGCGCUCAGAUACCGCAGUUCCUCCCCCCAACAGGAGGAGAACCACAAACUCAAGAGCUCAGGGAUGUGGUCGGUCGUCUUUGGGCAACAUUACGUCCAGUGGUUCAGGGGAGACUCGGCUCAGAGCAGCUGGGCCAUGUUCUGGUGCUGUCUGCUUGCUUGCUGGAUUUGUGUGGCUGGGAUCCAGCAGGUCCACCCAAGUUCUGCUGCUUGCUAGUGAACCGGGCCUGUGUGGAGGUGAGGAUGGCGCUCGAGGAGCCCCCAGGUACAAAGCUGUCCGCUCAGCAGCAGCACACCGUCACAGCCUGCUACCGUAUCUUGGAGUCAGCCAUGGAACAAGCAUGUAACAUGGGGGAUAGCACGGAUAGUCCGGCUCAGCCGGAGGUGACCAUUGCUGGUUUGAGUCUGCAGCAGAGCAGGCAGGUGCUGGGGGUCUUAGAGGAAGCUUUUUCUGCCAUCAUUUACUACCUGCAACAGGUGGACCUGAGCCGCUAUGAUGACCCCUUUGUUUUUGCAACGUUCCGCGCUCUUUGUGCCUGGUUGGCUGAGGAGACGUCAUGUUUAAAGGAGGAAAUCAUGGCCCUCUUGCCCUUCCUCAUUGGCUACACCAAACAUCAUCUGCGAGACAAGAAAGGCAAGGGACUUGCUGAUUGGAUGUCAAAGAUGGCUGUCACUGAUGGCUCACAAGCUGGAACGUGGACAGGCGAGCAUGUACUGAGAUAUCUCCUCCCAGCACUUUGCCACCUGUCAGCUGAGGAAGGCCCGAGAAAGGUGCUGCUCUCUCUGGAUACUCCGGCUGUACUGGUGGACUUUCUCGUCCAUGGCUGGGGAGUCCUGAAGACUCAGAGCGGGAAAACAGUCAACCGAGAUCCCAGUUUAGAAACCGCCUGUUCCGCCCUACUCAACUUUGUAGUCACGGAGCCUGAGCGAGUCAGGACUGAUGCUUGCUUUGCUUCCCUGGACGCAUUACUGAGUGAAGCACUGCCAAGCCUCCUCUACAAGUCACGCCUGUUGGUUCUGACAGCCAACUUCUGCACUCUGGGGCUUAUGAUUAACAGAUUAAAACCGACCUUAAUCGGUCUGGGGAAUUCCAGUCAGCAGCUGUUCUUCUCUUCUGCCCUGCGGUUCCUCCGAGGGGCGCUACAGGCGGUCGAGGGUGAGGGCCAGGUGCAAGUCUCCCCUUUGUGGGCGCCGUGGUGGGAGGAGGCGUGUGAGCUCUGGAGGCUCAGUCUGCAGGCUCUGGGCGGCUGUGUGAACACGCAGCCCUGGAUAGCCACCAUCAUCAGGGAGGAGGGCUGGCUGCAGAACAUCCUCAGCCUGCUGGAGUCCAGCUGUGGUCUCCCAGACCCCCAUUCACAGGAGGCGCUGGAAGAGGCUCUGUGUGCCAUCGCUCAGAAGUGCUCAUUUUGUCGUCAAGAUAUUAGUAUAUCCAUGAAAAGGGAAACCGCAGACUCACUCCACUGCAUGCCACAGCUGAGGAAGAUUCUUAUGAGCCAAGAUCAUGAGCUGUGGGGUAAUAACUCAAAUAUAUAAAGUGCUGUUGCCUUUUGGGAGAUAAUUACUGAUUGGCAAAAUAUUAUUUUUUAAUAGUUGUAGCUUUAUGAUGCAGAAAUUAAAUAAAGUAAAUAUUUUCCUUAUAA